UGAGAUAGAGAGAGUUCAGACUGGAGAAAGGAAGAGGGAGAGAAAAGGGUUGAAAAGUAUGGGAUGGGAGGGGAUGAGAUGGGAUUGCCCAAAAGCCUUUAGGGAGGGGGAUCCACGAAGAGGGCCUGACUUGUACAAAUAGCCACAGCUGCUCAUCAUCCCCUCACUCCUGUCCUCUUUCCUCUCUUGUGUGAGUGUGUGUGGCCACUCCGUCCUUCCAAAAUGAGCCGCGCCUCUUACGCCUCCUCUCAGUCCUCCUCAUACCGCCGUGCCUUCGGCGGGCCCGGCUUCACCACAACCCCCAUUACCCGCUCCUCAAUGCUUGGCCGUAGCCCCGGAGGCUCACAUGUCAGCUCACGGGUCUACGAGGUCACCAAGACGGCUUCAUCAUCACCAGGCUAUACCAGCUACCGCGCGUCUUCCUAUGGCAUCCCUGCUCAUUCAGCAGGCAUCUCCCGCUCCUAUGCCGCCGGCUUGGGUGAGACACUGGACUUCAGCUUGGCCGAUGCCCUCAACCAGGAGUUCCUCCAGACGCGCACCAACGAGAAGGUUGAGCUGCAGCACCUGAACGACCGCUUCGCCAGCUACAUCGAGAAGGUGCGCUUUCUCGAGCAGCAGAACCAGGCUCUGACUGUAGAAGUGGAGCGACUGCGGGGCCGAGAGCCAACGCGUGUCGCUGACCUCUAUGAAGAGGAGAUGAGGGAGCUGAGGCGCCAGAUAGAGGUUGUGACCAAUCAGAGGUCCCGAGUUGAAGUGGAGCGGGACAACCUGGUUGAUGACUUGCAGAAACUCAAACUCAGGCUUCAGGAGGAGAUUGAACAGAGAGAGGAGGCCGAGAACAACCUUGCAGCAUUCAGAGCUGAUGUGGAUGCAGCCACCCUCGCACGCUUGGACCUGGAGAGACGCAUCGAAACUCUGCAAGAGGAAAUCGCCUUCCUCAAGAAGAUCCACGAGGAGGAGAUCCGUGAGCUGCAGGCUCAGAUGCAAGAGACUCAGGUGCAGAUCCAGAUGGACAUGUCCAAGCCUGAUCUGACUGGUGCUCUGAGAGACAUCCGUUCUCAGUACGAGGCCAUCGCCGCCAAGAACAUUGCUGAGGCCGAAGACUGGUACAAGUCCAAGGUGUCAGAUCUGAACCAAGCAGUAUCCAAGAACAACGAAGCCCUGAAGCAGGCCAAGCUGGAGACCAUGGAGUACCGACACCAGAUUCAGUCCUACACCUGUGAGGUUGACUCACUGAAGGGCACGAACGAGUCUCUGAUGAGGCAGAUGCAUGACAUGGAGGACCGACAUGGACGCGAGGCUGCCGGCUUCCAGGACACAAUUGCCCGGCUGGAGGCUGAGAUCUCUAACAUGAAGGAUGAGAUGGCGCGACACCUGCGCGAGUACCAGGACCUGCUCAAUGUCAAGAUGGCCCUCGAUGUGGAGAUCGCCACCUACAGGAAGCUGCUGGAGGGAGAAGAGAGCAGGAUUACACUGCCCAUGCAGGCCUACUCCACGAUUAGUUUUAGAGAGACCAGCCCAGAGCACCAACAACGAGCUUCUGAAAUGCACUCAAAGAAAACAGUGCUCAUCAAGACGAUCGAGACCCGUGAUGGCGAGGUGGUGAGUGAGUCCACACAGCACCAGCAGGACAUCAUGUAGAGCUUCACCUAAGGAGCUGAACCACAAAACACCACAAGGAGUUUCAAUAAAACCAUAAGGUCCAGCCUUCAUAUCCUGUGCUUUUUUUUUUUUUUUUCUUCCAUUACUCUAGACACAGCUUAUCUGAAACAUGAGCACUGCUUCCAAAGUGGAAGAGAUCUUUAACAUUUUGCCUUUUGAAAAAGAAACAACAAUUUCUUAAGGAAUCUACGUCAAAAGAUUCUUCUGCAUUCACGCAGAGCCAAACCAUGAGAGAGGGACGUGGGAAGAAGAAAGGACAAAGGUCAAAACACAGGUAGGGGAUGAUAUGUAGGUGAAUAAAGAGGGCAAGAGAGGACAGGAGGGAGGACGAAUGAAGAGCGAACUCAUAGCCGUGAUAUGUAUGAUGAGGAAAUCAGAAUAAAGUAAAUGCGCAUCAACCA